UCCGCCGCCGGGAAGGGUGUUCCCGGGGCGGGCAGGGGGCGGGCUGUCGGCGGAGAGCGGCGGCGGGCAGAGCGCACACACUGCCGCCGGCUCGGGCUCCCGCGGCCGCCGCUCCCCAUGGGGCUGCAGCCGCGGCGCGCAGCGGGGCCCUGCCCGCCCGCGGGGAGAUGCGCCGCCCUGCCCGGAGCGCGCUCGGCCGUCGCCUGGCCCCGCUCUGAGGAGCAGGAGGGCGCUCCCGGCCGCGCCAUGUCGCUGCCGGCCCCCGCGCCGGCGGCCUCCCCCGCCGCCCCCCGACCGCAGCCCAAGAAGGCGGCGGCGGCGGCGGCGGCCCCCAAGAAGGCAGCGCCGCGGCCGGCGGAGGAGAAGGCGGCGAGGAAGGCGCGGGCGGCGCCGCCGGAGCGCGCCGGCCCCGUCUCCAGUUCCUGGCCCUGCGCCGCGCUGCAGCGGCCGCCGCCGCGGAGGCCGCCGGCGGAGCGAGGCGCCCGGCCGCCGCCCGGCGCGGCACAGCCGCGGGGCCGCCCGGGGCCGGCGGGCGCGGGCAGCCGCUCCUGCGAGAGCCUCGGCGCGGCGCCGGGCGAGGCGGCGCUGCGCUUCUCGCUGAGCCUCCCGCCGGAGGCGAUCCGCGUGCUGCAGCGGCGCAGCCUGGAGCGGCAGCGGGGGCAGCCGGCACUCUCCCCCGGCGGCAGGGCGGCGGCGGCGCCGCGGCGGGGCGCCCGGGCGGGCGGCGGCGGCGGCGGGGAUUUGCGCGCCCUGCUGAAGAUCUCGCUGCUCAACGACCGGCACCGCUACGACGACGAGGAGUACGAGGAGGAGGAAGCGGCGGCGCCGGGGGCCGCGGUGGACGAGGGGCUGGUGCGCAAGUGCACCGAGUGGCUGCGCGGCGUGGAGAGCGCGGCCGGCCGCGACCGCGGCGACCGGCUGGAGACGCUGCCGCACCUGGGCACCCUCUGAGCGCCGGGGGGACCCGCUGCUGCCCGGUGCGGCGGCGCCGAGGGACAAAGAGCCGCCGGGCGCCGAGGGAGCGGCGCCGGCCACCGCGCUGAGCCGGGGCGAGGAAGGCUCCCGCGCCGAGGGGGCCGGGUGUCGGCUGCCUCCCCCACCUCGUCCUUUUUUUUUUCUUACGACUUUUAACUACUUUAUAAGACGUGCAUAAUGGUUUUGUAUAUUUGUAUAUAGAAGUUCGUUUUUAUUUAUUUGAAUAAAUCGCUGGACUUUUGUGUUGCAGUAGCUACACCUUA